CUGCUGCUGCUGCUGCUGCUGCAUUUUAAUGUCGCUCAGGCUGGCGGGUAAAAGCUGCUGCCGUCACUGUACACGGCCUCGUCUCCUGUUUUGAAUGUGCGAGAAAGAAACAUGACAUCUUCCAAACAGUUUCUACUGACCGCUCUGGCGUUGCUGUUUAUUUGCGGAGCAGCUGAACGCAAAAGGAUUUACAAAUGUCCUUCAGGAUGCUCGUGCACCACUCGUGCACCAAGGAGACGAUCAUCUGCGUCGGAACCUCACAGAUCCCGAAGACUAUACCGAGCGAGAUCAACUCACUGAGCAUGGUGAAUGGAUCUAUUUCUGAAGUCACAGAGGGAAUGUUUUCACUGAUGCCCUCUCUUCAGCUGUUACUUCUAAAUGCAAACUCGAUGACCACAAUCAAAGACGAUGCUUUCUCUGGACUUCCACAUCUGGAAUAUUUAUUCAUCGAAGGGAACAAGAUUGAAACGAUCACCAAGAAUGCCUUUCGUGGUCUGCGAGAUUUGACUCAUCUAUCACUCGCCAAUAACAAGAUGAGGUUUCUGCCCAGAGAUCUGUUUUUCUACUUGGAUUCGUUACUGGAGCUUGACCUGCGAGGAAACUCGUUCCAGUGCAACUGCGACAACAAAUGGCUGAUGAUGUGGCUGAAAAACACAAAUGCCACAGUAUCAGAUGUCUUCUGUGCCGGGCCCAGUGACAUGAAGGGCAAGCGGCUCAACGACCUCCCCAUUCCGCCGGGCGAGUGCAUCUCCACAGACUUUGUGCGUCAUCAGUCGAUUCCCAUUCAGUCCAUGUCAGCGGACAUCUUCUCCUUCAAAGAGGACAUCUAUGUGGCAAUGGCUGCUCCCAACUCCAACAGCUGCGUGGUCAUGGAGUGGGAUCACGUCGAAAUGAAUUUCAGGAAGUUUGACAACAUAACAGGGAAGUCUGUCGUUGGCUGCAGGUCGGUUCUGAUCGACAACCACGUCUUGAUAAUUGUUACUCAGCUCUUUGGUGGCUCCCAUAUCUACAAGUUUGACGAUCAGCAGAACAAGUUCGCAAAGUUUCAAACUAUCGAGGUCUUCAACAUCUCGAAGCCGAACGACAUCGAGGUCUUCCAGAUGGACGGCGAUUGGUACUUUGUGAUCGUGGACAGCUCAAAGGCAGGUUUAUCUACUCUCUACAAAUGGACUGACCAACCAGACCGCAAUGAAACUGGAUUUUACUCCUACCAGUUCCUACACGAGUGGUUCCGUGACACAGAUGCCGAGUUUGUCGAGGUAGACGGGAAGUCUUAUCUCAUCUUAGCCAGUCGAUCUCAGGCCCCCGUCAUCUACCUGUGGAACAAGAGCACCCUGAAAUUCAUCCAGCACGGUGAGAUCCCACAUGUUGACGACGUAGUGGCAGUCAAAGCAUUUAAGUUGGAGGGCGACUGGUUUCUGGCCAUGACUUGCUACAUCGGUGACUCCAAAGUCCUCAAAUGGACCAAUAAGCAGUUCACCGAGGUGCAGGCUCUGCCGUCUCGAGGAGCUAUGAUCCUCCAGCCGUUCACCUUCACAGACAGGCACUACCUUGCUCUCGGCAGUGAUUAUUCCUUCACACAGAUCUACCUCUGGGACAUGGAGACCAAAACCUUUCAUAAAUUCAAAGACAUUUACGUGCAGUCGCCUCGGUCGUUCAUAGCAGUGAACACUGACCGCAGGAAUUUUAUCUUCUCCUCAAGCUUCAAGGGCAAGUCCAUGGUUUUUGAGCAUAUCAUAGUAGAUUUGAGCUUAUAAUACCUCGUAAAAUAAUGAGUGAUCAAACUACGAGUCAACUAAAUAGCUUAAUAAUGCGUUUGCUACAAAGGAAUUAUAAAUGCAGCCGAUCUUCUUCAUGCAACCUUUGUUGGAUGACAGACCACCAAAACAAAGUGAAGGCAAUAAAGCUUGAAGCUAAAGGCUGGCACAAUUAGGAAAUAAUGGCCACCUUUAAAAUGUACCCAGAAUAAAUAUACUUGUAGCAUACUAUCAAUUAAAUUUAAGGGUAUUUACAAUAAUUCUAUCCAGUAAACAAUGGGCAAGUCAAUGGAUGUCCUUUCUGGCCAUGUCAACCAUCCACUUUAAACUGGAAACCCCAAACAGGAAUUAAACACCAAUAUGUUGAGUAUAAUAUGACAUUGCAAUACAAUUUUAUAAUAUAUCUAAUAGUGGACCUGUAAACGUGGUGCUUAUUUAGUUGCCUCAAGGAAUGGAAGAAAAAGUAAGAGCCUGAAAUACGUCACAAAAACUGACCUAACAUUGAUUUCUGCAUAAUCUAUAUUCUAAUGUUCUAAAGCAGACAGGUGUGUAUGCCGUGUUGUGGGACCAAGUCUGGGGGUAAAAAUAUAUAUAUACUAUAAAGGCGACAAUUAAAGCAGAGUUAAGAUGCAAAAACCAUUGAAGCAUAAACAUUACAGCGAAAGCCUCGCGUCCUUGUGGCUCUGUUGUUUCUUAAAGGUGGUGUUUUCAGACAGACUCUCCUGGCAGGUAUUCAUGGUGUUACGCUUGGCCAUAUAAACAAAAAAGUGAUAGAUGUGUGCAAAUGCAGUACAAACCUUAAUUUCUCAUUUCCUCUCACAUGGCUACAUGCGGAAGAGGGUGUGUUUUUUCUUAUUGUCAAUUUUUUUUUUUUUUUAAUUACAGAAUUUGAUGGAUUUAGCGAAUAAAAAAUAAUUUUGUAUGCGUUUGGGAGAAAGUUUUCUUCAUGCUCAGCAACUCAGAAAACUGUUUGGCUUUAGCACUGAAACUAAAACGCCAAGUCACCAUAAAAUUCUCCUCACUGGACAAGUGAAGGGUUUAGUUAUGGGCAGCUUGAACUUCUGAGUCUCCAGAAGAUAUUUUGGAGACGUAUAAUACCAAUAAGUGGAAUAACUGAUGAUUCAAAAGUGCAUGAAAACAAGAGUGUCUUCAAAGAGCUGAACGUGUUAAACAAUAUUAUGAGCUUAAGCUGAACUGCAUCUAUAUAUUUAUGACUAACUACUGUAUGAACAGAGCGCCUGAAACGUGGCUUAACAAAAUUAAAUGUACUUCUGAUUUCUAUGCAAAAUGUAUAAUACUGAAUGUUGCUCUGAAUUACAAUCACAAGGUUAAUUGUGUGCUGCUACGAUAUUGUAUAAAACACAAAUGUGUCUUCUUUUCUUUACUAAUCAUUUGAUAUGUUUCAUUAGGAUACAUUAUUUUAACAUACAUUAUAAUGGAAUAAUGUAUAUAUGAGGCUUUGGUCUUGGCUUGUUA